AUGAGUACACCACAACCAGACUCUCAAAGCGCCAAUCGCGAUGAGCCUACCGACGAGAACGUGACGCCUUCACCAGCUCCCAGUCCUCCGCUUGCCCAGUCUCGAGAUCGUAGCACCAGUCCAGAGGGGCCACGGCCGCCUUUACCUCCGCGACCGAAUACCUUAAGUUUAUUGAACGAUGAGACGGCAUCACGAAAUGCGAAUCUGCAGGCAGAGGCAACAACGGCCAUUUCUCGAACGGAGUUUGGCACACAGACUCCAGAAGCGGGGGGCAGUGCCUAUUCGACCCUGGCAGUUCGGGGCCUAUCUAGAGGGCUAAAAGCAAGAGCCAGCCUUAGCCACUUGGCGAGUCCGAAAGGUAGCGAGGCAGGCGACUCCGCGAGCAUUCGGAGCUCAAUUCCAAACAGCGAUGCGGGCGACGUUGAAGCGCUGUUCAAGGACUUUGUGGCGACAGCGCCCGCAGGCCACCCGGAUGCAGCAAGCCUGCUUCAUUUCCCCGAGUUUCCUGCCGAUGAUGUCAAUGACGAUGAAUUCAUGAGUGAAUUUGACCCGGUUGGUGAACUAAAUGAAGAUGCCGGGAAUGAAGAUUUGCUUCUUCAGCGGUGGAAGAGCAAGCACAAACAUUACAUGAUACUUUCUGCUGCUGGCAAGCCAAUUUGGACUCGGCACGGCGAUGGUGGAUUGAUCUCGACCUAUGUCGGAGUCGUCCAGACCAUCAUAUCGUUCUAUGAAGAUUCAGGCGAUCACCUUCGCAGCUUUACAGCCGGGGAUACCAAGUUUGUCAUUGUGACUCGAGGGCCGCUACAUCUUGUCGCUAUCAGCCGCAUGAUGGAGAGUGAUAAUCAGCUUCGGCUCCAGCUAGAAGCUUUGUACAUGCAAAUUCUAUCCACUUUGACACUUCCAUCCCUCACUCACUUAUUCUCCGUCCGGCCGUCUACCGAUCUGAAGCGGCCAUUGCAGGGCUCGGAAACACUUUUGUCCUCAUUAGCAGACAGCUUCACCCGCGGAUCACCAUCUACCUUGCUGUCGACCUUGGAGUGUCUCAAGCUACGCAAAGUACAUCGCCAGUCAAUCAAUAAUGCGCUUUUGAAAACGAAAGUCAGUAACUUACUUUACGGACUGGUAGUCGCUGGUGGGCGGCUUGUGAGUGUCGUACGGCCGAAAAAACAUUCGCUCCACCCAGGUGAUCUGCAACUCCUCUUCAAUAUGAUAUUUGAGGCCGAUGGCAUCAAGGCAGGAGGUGGUGAAAGCUGGGUCCCUGUUUGUCUACCUGGCUUCAACAGCAGCGGCUACCUAUACAUGUAUGUCAGCUUCCUCAAUCUCCGAGGCGAUGUGGACGACAAUGAGGACAUUUUGAAGGACGAAUCAGUCGCGAUAGUCCUCAUUAGCCCGGAUAAGGAAAGCUUCUUCGAGAUGCAAGGAAUGCGCGACUUACUGGUUGAGCAAAUGGAGAAAAAUGGAAGUUUGAAGAUGAUCGCUGCUUCAAUCGAUCAGGGUCGCCCAGCUACCACCGACAUUGUUCCCGGAACAGUACUUCACCAUUUCCUAUACAAGUCACGGGCGAAUGUCCAAUUUACAAUGUCGUCCUACUCUCCUGAGUUUACUUCAAUCUCUCGCAGGCGAAGAUUGAUGUCCAUAUACAAUAACAUCCACUCCAGUAUCCACGCCAAGAAUAGUCACGUCAAGGUACACCACUGUGUAUCGCGAUCCGCGAGCUCAUUUGCAUGGGUGACCCCGACUUUCGAGCUAUACUGUGUCGCUGAGCCGAACGCAAACCGGAACGCGUUAGUGCAGAGCGCGAGUAAAAUUGCUCAGUGGGUACAGCAAGAGGAAGAAAGACUGUUCAUCAUCGGUGGUGCCGUUUUUUAA